UUUCUGUAUCGUACACGACCUAGUCGCCAUUUCACCUAGCCAAACCCCGGAAGGUGAGCAAAUAUUGCAUGUUUAGUACGCUAUGAUGAUUCAGAGUGGAAUCUUCAUCGACCCGCACAACCCAUUAAAGUUGCUGGGUCGAGUUGGAGACUAGCAAGUGUUCUAGAUACUGCUGACGCUGUUACUGCCAGUCAACUAACAUCAUACCAAGGCUAACAAUAUCGUGUCCAGAACUACCCAUGGACCCACGUCGAGCUCGUGAUCCGCGCUUGGCACGCGUGGACCCGCGUUUGCAGCGAGGACCAUCUGCUUUGCCCACUCCCUCGCCCCAACAACAAAGUGGGUCACUACAAGGCGCGACACAAUGGACUGCAAACGGAGCAUAUAUGGCUUCACAGUCCAUGAUUCCCAAUGUUCUCGUGCAGCAAGUCGAUACAGCUUCCGAGAACGCCAUCGCUGGCCCCUCGGCUCCUGCAGACAAUGCAGGAUCUUCUGCAUACAAACCUAGACCACUCUUUUGCGUCGUGUGUGCAAGUAAUCAAAACCGUUCCAUGGAAGGUCAUCAUGUCUUGCAGAAGGCCGGGUACCGAGUGAUUUCUUAUGGAACGGGCUCUGCCGUGCGCCUACCUGGACCAUCAAUAGACAAGCCUAAUAUUUAUUCGUUUGGUACACCAUAUAACUCAAUAUACGAAGAACUCAAUGCGAAAGACGCGAAAUUGUACACCGCAAACGGACUUCUGCAGAUGCUUGAUCGUAAUAGGCGGAUAAAGCUAGCUCCAGAACGGUGGCAGGAUAGCAAGACGGUCGCAGACGUAGUUAUUACAUGUGAAGAACGUUGCUUUGAUGCUGUUUGUGAUGACUUGCUCAGUCGCGGUGGCGAGUUCAAUAAGCCCGUUCAUAUCAUCAAUAUCGAGAUCAAAGAUAACCACGAGGAAGCGCUCAUCGCUGGAAAGGCGAUGCUGGAUUUGGCCGCUGCAAUCGAAAUCUCCCAGGAUAUCGACGAAGAUAUCGAUAAGAUACUGCAGGUGCAACAGGAGCGCCACCCCCACAGUCUUUUACAUGCUAUAGCUUUUUACUAGUAAAAGGAUUCGCAUCAUGGGACCCUUCUGAUAUGGUCAUGUGUGUAUUAGGUCAGGCACUCAAGAGUCAGAAUCCACUUUUAUCGCGCUCAUGAUAGGGUGAUAUAUUCAUCAUAUGCCACUGCAAUGCCACCGCCAUCCUUUCAUCAUC